GCGUAGCUAGUGGAGAUGGCGGAAAGUUUCGCGUCGUCUGUACCGCUAGCGCCAUAUAAUUCAUUCUCUUUGAACAGUUAUUCUUCCAAUCUGGUCCAGGACCGGACACUGCCGUACAAGAGCGAUACAGACAACAUAUGGCGAGUGUUCUGUCGGCUAGCAGACCCGAAACAACCCGUGUCCGUCAUCCGACAGCACUAUCUGGACAGAACCGGACCCACAUUCGCGUGCACGAUAAAAGAUCCUCCCACGUCUACACUAGCCAAGAAGCCCGGGGUUCGAUGUAUGUGUUACGAAAACGUCAUUCACUUUGUGAGACAGGUGUGCUGUAAUAGUGCCGUUCGUUUGUCCACAACAGAGGAAAAGAAACAACUGCCAACAAGCUGGAUGAGAUCCAGCACGAAGCACUUCCGGGAGAAUGAACGCCUCCAGUUCCCUCUGGCUUCCGUCGUCGUGAGGUGGCAACAGAAACGAUACCCAAUCGACUUUAACCACAAGCUGCUCCACACCAUCUUUUCUAAAUUCGGAACCGUCAGAGAGAUCCGGAAACUCAGUCCAAACAGUGCUCUGGUUGUUUUUGAGGAGUUGAAUGCAGCUUGCGAUGCGCGUGGUUCUUAAAAAAGAACACGAAAUGCCAUCACCGUUACGUAGGCCCUUGAACCGGCGUUACUGUACCCUGAAAGGAUCACUUCCGGUAUUUUGGCAAAUAUUUGAGGAUAAACGAUCAAUAUCGGCAGAAAAUAUGGAUAGUUGAAAUAUGUUAGAGUUAAUGAGGGUUCUGAUUAAAUUUCUUCUCCAAACUAGCAUUAGUGUUGGUAAAAUAGACUCUUGAAAAUGAUAUCAAAACAAAUAGCGUCGCACGGCACGUAAAUCAGGAAAGUCUU